UGCAACGUCCUCUCGCUAACAAACCACGGGAUUCACCUGACCGCCGCCUUCCGACCGUGUCCAAUGGAUCCGUCUCUGAACUAGGUCCAAAACAAAAACGGUAUCCUAGCAACAUUAAACGCAUACAAACCUGUUUCCAGCGUGCCGCGCUCGUCGUUUUCGUCUGUUGCGCGUCGACGGAGCGGCUUCCUAUAGGCCUAAACGGACUCGUCGUGUCAUUUGUUUUCGGGCACGGUACGCGCGUUUGCGACCCGGCUAUUUUCAGUUUUUCACUUGGUUCCGGCUGACGGCCAGUUUUUGAUUUUCGACCGAAACAACGUCUAAUAUUAGUGACGACUUAAGAUGAGUUGUUCAACCACCGUCGUCAAAUACCUGGUGUUUCUUUUCAACCUCAUCUUCGCCAUCGCUGGAGGUGCCAUACUAGCCGUUGGGGUACUUCUCAAAUUGAAAAAUGACGACAUACAAAACUUCAUACCAGACAAAUACCAUUUGGCUCUGCCCCCAGUACUGAUGAUAAUAAUAGGAUCGAUCAUAUUCAUCACUGCCUUCUUCGGAUGCUGCGGAGCCGUCAAGGAGAACACGUGCAUGCUAAUAACGUUCGCCAUCAUACUGCUGACGUUGCUGAUCGUCCAAGUAGCAAUCGGCGCCUACGCCUUCUUGCAAGUCGGCGACACGCAAGACCUGAAGUCGUCGUUCAAGCAGAUAGUGGAACGAAAAUUCAACGAGUACAACACCACCAAAAUCGACCAGGAGGAAUUCGAUUUCCUUCAGUCGUUCUUGACCUGCUGCGGCGUGAACGGCCCCAAAGAUUGGAACAGACCAGACGACACGGUGCCGAAAUCCUGCUGCUCGAACCACGAACAGUGCACGUGGCAGUCGGCCAACGUUUACAAGACGGGAUGCGCCAGCUCCGCUUACAAAUGGUUCAAAAACGGGCUCGAUUUGUUGGGCGUCAUAGCCAUUGCGAUCGCAUCAAUCGAAAUUAUCGGUGCCGUAUUUGCAUUGUGUCUGUCCAGUUCCAUAAAGAAUCAGCUAAGACGUGAGGCAUAUGCUUAACUGUAAAGUUGCGUGUUCAUACAGAUACGAUCAUUAUGCACACUUCUAUUAUGAAACCUAAGUUGAUUUUUGAAUACAAAGGAACUGCAUUAUCGUCAUGUAAACUAAGCCACAUUUUACAACCCUAGUAAAGCUGAUUUUUACGACACGCAAAGGUUGGGAAAGGAUUAAUUUAAUCAUUUUAGUCCGAAGCAAUUACAAAAGGCUACUUGUAAUUUACGUCAGUGUUUCGCUGAUAUUUAUGGGAGCUGUUGCUUUUACAUGUUUCUUUGUAUAUUUUGUGCAAUAUCAUUAUGUAGAAUUCAUUGUAGUAUUUGACAUUAUAAAAGACUAAGCCAAAAUAUGUUUGAUGCCAAAAUAAUAAUUACGUUGAGGGCAUCAGUAUUAUUAAAAUCAAAUUUUAGGCACUUUAAUUAAUACUCGUAUUUAUUCUAUUUUCUAAUCAUAAUAUAUAGUAAAUUAGGAUAUAAUUAAGUUAAUAUUUAACUUGAUUUGUUGAAAUUAUUUGGGUUUAUUAGUGAACAAUGAACAGUUUAUAUUUAGUUGUUCAAUUUAUACGUAAUUUCGGACUUUGAUUCCAUUUUAUAACCUAAUAUUGAGCAACUAAAACUAACUGACCAGGGACAGAAUAUAUCUUUUUGAAAAAUAGUACACAGAUAUAACAAACCAAGAGGCCUUAAAAUUUCGAUUUUUCUUGUUGAACAAGUAUUUACUUAGCUUUAUGUCUUGUGCAACAUUGCAUGAUAUUAUAAAUUCAUUAUUCACAUUGUAUGUUGUCUUAUUAGUACAAAUUUUAGUGACAACUGCAUUAAUGGAAUCAUUCGUAAAUAGAGCACUAGUCCAAAACUAAAUCUACAACAGUAUUUUUUAUAUUUUAUUGAUAUAUAUAAUAUAUUAUAUUUUCGACUGAAUGUUACACUGUUAUAAAAAGUUAAUUGUAUUUUUAUAGGUGUUGCAGAAUAAAUUAUGAUAUAUGCAUACAAUUCAUUUGAAUGUAAAUUUAUAUCUAUAAGUUGUGUAAGUUAUUUUUUAAUUUAUUAAAAUAAAAUGUUACAGCCAUA